AUGUCUAGCAACUCGUUGAAGGCGGUUGAGAAGAGGGUGGCCAAGAGGAGACAGGUAUAUCGGCCGAUUUUGCAGUCUCCGUUUGUCAAUGAAGAGCAUCAAUGGCCGUUGGUGAAAGACCAAGCGUUUGUGCUGGAAGUGUUAAAGACGAGCAUUCUGAGCAAGUGUCAGCAUCUGCAAGAGGUGCCAAUGCCUGAAUGGCCCUGGAGUAUGCUUGUCGAGUACAACGACAUAGUGGGCUAUCUCUCCGGUAAGGAGGAUGACGAUGCUCUUGAUGUUUUACUUUUUGUCUGUAAUAAAGAGCCGGAUGUUCCCGGCGUCAUGUUACAACAGAUCCCGCUGUUGUCUUACAUGUCCUCGCAUAGAGUGACCAUAGUGCAAUUACCCAAGGGCUCCCUACCGAUAAUUAACCGUUUAGUGGAGUUACCAUACGGAAUGUUGCUACUAAAAUGCGAUUCCAAACUGGAUCCUUCAUUUCAAAGGCAAAUUGAGUCGCAAGUGUCUCCCGUUGAAGGAGGCUUCCCAUGGUUGGAUAAUUUGAAGUACUCUGCUACAAAAGUGAAGCUAAUCAAGACUACAGCAGCCAUACCACAGAAGAACAAGACGUAG